AUGGGCGAGCGUUGUGGUGCGGUGCUGCGGGUGCUGGUGCUGCAGGCGGCCUGGGCGCUGGCGGGCGGGCAGGUGCGGUACUCGGUGCCGGAGGAAGCCAAGGCCGGCACGGUGGUGGGCCGUCUGGCGCAGGACCUGGGGCUGGAGGCGGGCGAGGCGGAGGCGCGGCGGCUGCGGCUGGUGGCGCAGGGCCGGCGGGCGAGCGUGGAGGUGAGCGGGGCGAGCGGCGCGCUGCUGGUGAGCUCGCGGCUCGACCGGGAGGAGCUGUGCGGCAAGAGCGCGCCGUGCGCGCUGCGCCUGGAGGUGCUGCUGGAGCGGCCGCUGCGCGUCUUCCAUGUGCAGCUGGAGGUCACCGACAUCAACGACAAUGCCCCCGUCUUCCCCGCCGCCCGAAAAAACCUCAGCAUCGCGGAAUUCACCACCCUGCCAGGGUCUCGUUUCCCUCUGGAGGGCGCGUCGGAUGCGGAUAUUGGAGCGAACGCGCAGCUCUCCUACACACUCAGCCCCAGCGAGCAUUUCUCUCUGGAUUUACAAAAAACCGAGGAGGACGCUGAGUCCUUAUUCCUGGUGCUCACGAAAUCUCUGGACCGGGAGACGAUUCCCGUUCACCGGUUGGUGCUGACGGCGAGUGACGGGGGCCGGCCGUCUCUGUCAGGGACAAUGGAGCUGCUGAUCUCGGUGCUGGAUGCGAACGACAACGCGCCCCAGUUCAACCAGUCCGUGUACAAAGUGCAGCUGCCCGAAAACGCAGAACGAGGCUCUUUGGUGAUCAAACUUAAUGCCACGGAUUUGGAUGAGGGGUCGAACAGUAAUAUUUCCUAUUCGGUCCAGAUCGUGUCCCCGCAGGAUGGAAGAGACAUUUUCAGAAUUGACAGAAAGAGCGGAGAGAUCCGUCUUCUGGGUAACUUGGACUAUGAGGAUUUUAGUCUGUAUCGCCUGCAAGUGGACGCGACUGAUAAAGGGACGCCUCCGCUGUCGGGUCACUGCAAGGUGGUGCUGGAGGUGCUGGACGUGAACGACAACGCGCCGGAGGUGUGGGUGACGUCGCUGUCGGUGCCGGUGUCGGAGGACGCGUCGGUGGGGACGGUGGUGGCCCUGCUGAGCGUGUCGGACCGAGACUCGGGGGCGAACGGGCGCGUGCGGUGCUGGGUGUGGCCGGCGUCGCCGUUCGGUCUGGAGGCGACGUUCGCGGGCUCGUACUCGCUGGUGCUGCGCGAGGCGCUGGACCGGGAGCGGGUGUCGGAGUACGAGGUGGAGGUGCGUGCGGAGGACGGCGGGGCGCCGGCGCUGCGCGCCAGCCGCGGGCUGCGGGUGCCGGUGUCGGACGUGAACGACAACGCGCCCGCGUUCUCGCAGGCCGUGUACACGGUGCUGGCGCGGGAGAACAACGCGGCGGGCGCGGAGCUGGCGCGGCUGUGGGCGCGGGACCCGGACGAGGCGGGCAACGGGCGCGUGAGCUACUCGGUGUGGGAGGGCGGCGUGGGCGGCGGGGCCGCGGCUCCGUCGUGGUCGUCGGGGGCCGUGGGCGGCGGGUGGCGUGCGGCGUCGAGCUACGUGUCGGUGGACGCGGAGAGCGGGCGGCUGUGGGCGCUGCAGCCCUUGGACUACGAGGAGCUGCAGGUGCUGCAGUUCGAGGUGCGCGCGGUGGACGCGGGGGAGCCGCCGCUGUGCGGCAACGCCACGGUGCAGCUCUUCGUGCUGGACGAGAACGACAACGCGCCGGCGCUGCUGCUGCCGCCCGCGGGCUCGGCGGCGGAGGCGGGCGCCGUGGCGGCCGAGGCGUCCUCGGGGCCGGGCUCGGGCUCGGGCUCGGGCACGCUGUGGGCGUGGGCGGCGUGGGGGGCGCCGGCGGGCCAGGUGGUGGCGAAGAUCCGCGCCGUGGACGCCGACUCGGGCUACAACGCGUGGCUGCGCUACGAGCUGUGGGAGCCGCGGGGCAAGGGCCCGUUCCGCGUGGGGCUCUACAGCGGCGAGGUGAGCACGGCGCGGCCGCUGGACGAGGCGGACGGCCCUCGCCAGAGGCUGCUGAUCGUCGUGCGCGACCACGGCGAGCCGGCGCGCUCGGCCACGGCCACGCUCAGCGUGUCGCUGCUCGAGGCGGCCGAGGCGGCGCUGGCCGCGGGCCCGGGAUCGUCGCUCUCCUCCUCCUCGUCCUCGUCGUCCUGGUCGGCGUCGGGGUCGCGGUCGGCGUCGGGCGUGGAGCUCGGCGCCGGCGCGGCCAGCGCGGCGACCAACGUGUGGCUGGUGGUGGCGAUCUGCGCCGUGUCCAGCCUGUUCCUGCUGGCCCUGGUGCUGUACGGGGCGUCGCGCUGGGCGCCGCGGGCGGCCGUGCUCUCGGGGCCCGGGCCCACGACGCUGGUGUGCGCCAGCGAAGUGGGCAGCUGGUCGUACUCGCAGCGCCACAGCCGCAGCCUGUGCGUGGCGGACGGCGCGGCCAAGAGCGACCUCAUGGUUUUCAGCCCCAAUUUCCCUCCGCCGCCGCCCGGCGCCGCGGCCAAGGACACGCAGCCGGAGCCCUCCGCUCUCCUCGACACGGUCAGUGCUGCUUCCUUGCUCGUCUCUCGUUCUCUCCUCCCCCGCCUUUUCAUUUCUCUGUUAAUUUUCUCCCGCCCCGUGGGUAGUUCCUCCAUGUAG